AUGGCAGAAGAGCUUCAAAUUGAUGCAUUAUCUGUUGGAUUAGAAUUAAUUAAAAUUUCCAACCAAGACUAUACACCGUAUUGGACAUCAUUAAUUCGAAAUAUUCGUGCAGGAGGCUACUCAGGAUUAUUAACUUAUUGCUCAAUAUUCUAUCCAAUUGAAACCCAACAUAUUGGCUUUUGGGAUGAACUUGGCUUUAUUGGUAUGGAUUUUUAUCUACCUCUUCUUAACAUAACAAAUGAUAGUAGCGUACCUUCGUAUCAAGAUAUGGUUAGAAGAUUUUCUCAUUAUUUUCAAUAUUUUAAAUCAUGGCUAAGUGAUCAAUCAGUCAAUGUCACAUCGAAACCGGUCGUUUUUACUGAAGUUGGAUAUCCAAGCUCAUUGUCUGGACUUGCUAUUCCAUCUGGAGAUCCAUCCGCUCAAUGCGUUGGUAAUUACAGCACUAAUUUUACAUUACAAGAUAUGGCAUUUAAAGCACCUUUUCAAGCUCUUAACGAAAAUAAAAAUAUCUAUGAUGGAACAAUUAUAUUUUGGUGGGAUAAUCCUUCUUCAACGGAUUUCUAUGAUGAAAAAGAUUCCAAUAAUUGGGGAUGUUCAUGGACAGUUUGCGGUAAACCGGCUGAAUGUACAAUAGCAGAAGCUUUUGGUGGAACAUGUUCAAUGAAUCAAAGUAAUUCGACCAACAUUAACAGUCUUAUUAGAAAACUAUUCAUGAUUCUUAUAUUACUUUAUUCAAUGUAA